AUGGUUUAUGAAAGCGAUUUUUAUACGACCAGGAGGCCCUACCGUGCCUCUCCUUCCGUAUCGUCUUACACAAUUUCGGGUGUGCCUUCUCGACAAGUCAGGGUAUUGCCGGGAUUAGGGAAGGUUCACGUAACGUAUACAUACGACCGCAUUGUACCGUACGUGGGGCAUAAGAGGCUGACGGUAGUUACUGCCCCUCCCAAAGUAUGGGGCACGCGACCAAGUGUCCUUCAGCGCGAAUUCGACCGUAUCGAGAACAAAAUCCGACCUUGGACCGGUUACUCCGCGACUAAUCGCUACCUCAACUCCAACUCCGCUGUGAGAACUUACUACGUAAAUUACCCAAUAACAGGAUCAGAUUACUACGAUUACUACUACUCGCUCACUUCACCCUCAACGUAUUAUUCUCCAAAGCUGUACAGAUGGUACUCUUCUUGGCCAAGUCAAUACCGUACGUAUUGGCCCUUGUACAGAACCUACCUCAGUAGAUAUUUGAGAAACUAUUACCAACAUCUCGACUGGCCCAGUUAUUACUGGUCCACUUAUCUACCCUACACCAAAAACUUGGACUACGAAUUUAGCGAUAUCGAAAACAGAAUCGAUAAUCUUCGAAUAUUCGAUGACGAGACGAGACUUAUUCGCGCUCAAACGGCGUCUCUGUUGAAACGGAUUCAUGACCCGGUUCCUCGUGUCCAACGAUUCAGCUGGCCCUUAGCGGUCACUACAAAAUACCACGAUAAUGGUCUACCGGCCAGACUAUCUAACGACAAUUACAUCCACCGGUUGUUAGUGACCUCGCCUAACUCUAAAACCGAAUACACCACCUAUUACACGGAACCCGUUAAAAAAUAUAUCGGAGCCGGUCAUUUAGCAGCUGUUUCCUACGCAGGCGACAGAGUGUACAGUCGCAGGCCCCACAUCUACCUCUACGAAGAUCCCUUGAAGAGUGACAUCCAACUUUUGAGCUACUACAUCAACAAAUUCAAGCAGGAGAAAGCUAUUACUGGAACCAGUGAGCCUGCUAAAGUGCCAUUGAAUCCUGCCCGUGCCACCCGCAAAUUUACUGCAAAGAGACUGGAAGAUGAUGAGGAUACAGCGAAGGAAAUGCAGAAACUUCGAGAGGCCCGAGCUGCAAGAUUGGCGUUUAUAAAUGAGGAGGAAAAGGUUGAGAGGUCAUCGGUAGCAGUGGAUGAUGCGGUAAAAGCCAAGAAGAAGAAAGAGGACGAGAGGUUAGCAGAAGAAAAAGCUUUGGUAGAAGAACAAACAAGGCGUGAAGCUCAAGCCAAGAAGGAAGAAGCUGCGAGAAAAGCUGAGUUGGCUAGACAAGACGAACUUGCUGCACAAGCUGCCGCUGAAAAAGCUGCUGAGCUAGAACGACAAGCUGAGGAGGCAAGGAAAAAGGAAUUGGCUAAACAGGCUGAAAUAGAGAAGGCUCGCAAGGCUGAAGAAGAGCGCUUACGCCAGGAGGAACAACGUAGACAAGAAGAAGAAGCUAAAGCAGAAGAAGUAAGAAAACAACAAGAACGCCUUGAAGAACUAGCACGCCAGGCAGAAGAAGAAAAGCAAGCCGAGCUCGCCCGACAAGCAGAAGAGCUUGCCGAAUUAGCGAGGCAAGAGGCUGAAUUAGCUGAGCAGGCCAAAAGAGAAGCAGAAUUAGCUGAAUUAGCCAGACAAGAAGAAGAACUAGCCGAAUUAGCCAGACAACAAGCGGAAUUAGAAGAAUUAGAAAGAAAAGAAAAGGAAUUAGCCGAACUUGCAGAAAAGGCAAGAGAAGAAGCCGAGGCUGCUCAAAGAGAAGCUGACGAAGCUGCUGAACAACAACAAGAAGAAGAACAACUCGUUGCAACUAGUACUGCUGAAGAGGCUGACCAAGCUGAAGAGGAAUUGGCUAAGCAACAAGCCGAAUUAGAAGAAUUAGCUAAGCAAGAAGAGGAAUUGGCUGAGCUAGAAAGACAGCAAGCUGAAUUAGAUGCACUAGAAGCGGAAGCAAAGGCUCUUGAAGCUGAAAACGAACAACAACCUGAACCCGAACCUGAAGAAGAAGACGAAGAAACAAAAAAGCAAAGAGAAAUGGACGAAAUUAUUCAGGAAAAAUUUGAAUUAGCAGAACUUGAAAGGCAACAGGCUGAGCUUGAUGCUCUUGAAGCAGAAGCCAGGGCAUUAGCAGGUGACUUGGAACCUACAGGAGCUUACGAUGAUGAAGACGAACCUGCAAUAGCUGAAGACACUCCAGUACAUUCAGAUAUUGAAGAAUAA